CAAUGCAGGCUUUCCUUGUAGCUGAUGCAAGAGACUCGAACGGAAAGCGAAGAAAGAGGGGCAUCAAGGCGGCUGAAAGUUAACGCGCAAGAAACGUCUGCUGCAACCAGGCAAAAAUGUCCGGAGACGAGAUGAUUUUUGACCCCACCAUGACCAGGAAGAAGAAGAAGAAAAAGAAGCCCUUCAUGUUGGAGGAGGAGGGGACAGAAGCCCCCAGUGAGGAGACCCAGCCCUUAGAGCCCAAGGAGGUAGAUGCAGAGGGUGGGGAGGAGCGGGAAAUGGACCACGAGGAAGAUGAGGCCAAGAAAAAAGAGCCCUCAGACAAUCUCGAUGAUUUGAACUUCUUUAAUCUGAAAAAGAAGAAAAAGAAGAUAAAGAAGUUUAAUGAUCUAGAAGAUGGAGUGAAGGAGAUGAGGAUCGAGGCAGAGCAACCAGAGUCAGUGGACGAUGACGAAAUUGUGUCUGGACUGCUGCUGACUAGGAAGAAGAAGACGACCAAGGUGGAUUUCAAGGAGGAGGGCGAGGCUCAGGACAACGAUGAAGCCCAGGAGGACGAUGACAGCAGAAUGAAUGAUGGCAUCACGUUUGUUGCACAGACGGGGCCGGCAUGGGCUGGGACAGAGCGAGACUACACGUACGACGAGUUGCUGACCCGAGUCUUCAACAUCAUGCGCGAAAAGAACCCUGACAUGGUGGCCGGGGAGAAGAGAAAGUUUGUCAUGAAGCCCCCGCAGGUAGUCAGGGUGGGCACCAAGAAAACGUCUUUUGUCAACUUCACUGACAUCUGCAAACUCUUGCACCGUCAGCCAAAACAUCUCUUGGCCUUCUUAUUGGCCGAACUCGGGACGAGCGGCUCAAUAGAUGGAAACAACCAGCUAGUUAUAAAAGGAAGGUUUCAACAGAAACAGAUAGAAAAUGUCUUGCGAAGAUAUAUUAAGGAAUAUGUGACCUGUCACACCUGCCGCUCCCCCGACACCAUCCUUCAGAAGGACACACGGCUCUACUUCCUGCAGUGCGAGACCUGUCAUUCUCGCUGUUCCGUGGCGAGCAUCAAGACCGGCUUCCAGGCUGUAACGGGCAAGAGGGCACAGCUCCGUGCCAAGGCCAACUGAGCGCACCGCUCAGUGCCGCUGCUAAGGACUGCCGGAGGUGCUGACUGGACAGUUUUGUUAAGUGAGGGUGCUUUUUGUAAUUGCUCCAUUUCCUAACGUGAGUACAGGUUAGUCACAUUGAGAAAAAAACAAAAUAUCAGAAUUCCAGGCCCACUGGGAUUGUUUUAGAUUUUUACAAUUUGGAUGUUCCGUUUCGCUCUUGAGUUUGCUUUUUUUUUUUUUUUUUGCCUCUUAAACACUCAAUUCUCAAUGUCCAUUUCAGAAAAGUGAAUUAAAGUAACUUUUGUUUUGAAGUUUCCUUUUAUUCUGAAGGAGCCUGUUUUAGUGCAGUGUUAAUAUCUGAGAGCAGUAUUUAAUACUUAGUUUUCAUCUUGGGUGAUAACCACAUCAACUGCUCGUAUCUGUGAUAAAGACCGUAUAGCUAAUAUCAGUCUUGAAUUUAUAGAUAAUGAUCCCAUUGAAUUAAAGUCCAUCAAACAGGCCUCUGAAGUAGAGAUGGUGUGGGCUGGUUUUUUUUCUGGUUGAAAUCAUUACUCUGAAACUUGAAGGUAUUUGUUUUGUAAUUGCAUACUACAUGUGCUCUGCCAGUCAUGAACAAUUGUAGCUCAUAAAGUGUCAAGGCGUCGUCGACGGAAUCGUUUUUAGCAAUUUAAGGUUGGUUCAACCAGGCUAACGUGCUGAUCUAGCACCGGAUUCCCCCCCACUUCAUAAAGCAUGCCUGGCUGAACACCUCGAUUUCCAACACGUGUCUCCGAAGCCGAGCUGAUCAGGGAAUUCAAGUCGAUUGAUCACCACAUGUGAAACACACUGGGUUUUGUCACUGUGAGGAAUCUGUGGUAUACAAUAAACAAGGCUUGAAUUCA